AAGUGAUAUAAACUCAUUUAUAAUUUGUAUUUUAUUACAUAUAAAUUAUAUUAAUUAUAUAGAGUAAAUUAAAAAACAACUUCCAUAGUAAUAAUAAUAAUAAUAAAUAGCCUGCUAAAAUAAUGGCUCGCGUGCACUCGGAUAUGGUAAUACUUGCGGGCAAUUCUCACCCACAACUGGCCAACUCCAUAGCCGCCCGAUUGGACCAAAAACUGGGCUCCUGUUCCCUCUAUCACACGUCCAAUCGGGAGUCGGUGUUAGCAGUGGGCGAGUCGGUCAGGGCUCGCGAUGUCUAUCUGAUACAGACUGGGGGUCGGGAUGUCAAUAAUAACAUAAUGGAGCUGUUGAUUAUGGCCUACACAUGCAAAACGUCGGCGGCCAAUAAUAUAAUCGGGGUCAUACCCUACCUGCCCUACGGAAAGCAGUCUAAAAUGCGCAAAAGGGGCGCAAUUGUCAGCAAAUUGAUGGCCAAAAUGAUGUGCAAAGCGGGCUUUACUCACAUAAUUACCGUUGAUAUGCACCACAAAGAGGCCCAAGGAUUUUUUGACAUACCGGUCGAGAACCUAAGAGCGUCGCCAUUCCUACUGCAAUACAUACGCGAAAACAUAUCGGACUACAAAAACUCCAUAAUCGUGGCCCGAUAUCCCGGUGCCGUACGUAAGGCCACGUCCUAUGCCGAGCGCCUACGCGUGGGAAUCGCCGUAAUGCACGGCGAGGACAAGGACGGGGAGUCGGAUGAGGUGGACGGCCGUACGUCACCGCCACCAUCCCUGGCCUCCAACCAGUCGCCCGACAUGUUUGAUUCAGGCGGUUUGCCUCUGGCGAUGGCCAAAGAGAAACCUCCCGUCACUAUCGUGGGUGACGUCGGCGGACGGAUAGCCAUUAUGAUCGACGAUGUCAUCGACGACGUCGAGAGCUUUGUGGCCACCGCUGAGCACCUGCGAGAGGCCGGUGCCUACAAGAUAUACGUGUUGGCCACACAUGGCUUCUUCUCGCCGGAAGCACCGGGACUUAUCGAGGACUCGGCCAUCGAUGAGGUUAUUGUCACCAAUACUGUGCCUCACGAGCUCCAGAAGAUGAGGUGCCAUAAGAUUAAGACCAUUGAUAUCGCGAUUCUAUUGGCGGAGUCCAUGAGACGCAUCCAUAAUAAGGAGUCAUUGAGUUAUCUCUUUAAGAACGUGUCGAUCGAGGAUUAGAUCCAAAGACAUCAUACAAACACUUUAUAAACUUUUAUAAAUAACUUUUUGACUGUUUUUGCUACACUUAUGAAAGGUUUUAGUGUAAUAAUAUUGUUUUUUGUAUAAGUGAUUGAAAAAUAAACAUUUAUUAAUUGACGC